CAAAAGGACCGGGCGUUGCGCCAUUGCCGGCGGGGUCUCCUGGCGGGGUCUGGCCUCUCCGUCCAGCCCCCUCCCGUGGCUUAUUCACCGCCCGCGGACUUCCCCGCCGUAGCAGGGCGCUGUGAAGGGAGCCGGACAGCGCGAUCCCGCGGCGGCGGCUUUCCUCCGUUGAGCCUCGCCUGCCCGUUGACGGGGCGGCGGCGGCCAGGAAAGGGGGUCUCCAAGCGCGGCGGCGGCGCGCGUUGCAAGCCCCUCUCUUCGCUCGGCGGCCCAUGUUAGCCCGGCCGCGAUGUCCUCCCCGGUGCGCUCGCCCACCCUGCGGCCCCAUCGCAUGAGGAAGGACGAGUCUUUCCUGGGGAAGCUCGGAGGGACGCUGGGCAGGAAAAAGAAAGCCAAGGAGGUGUCUGAUUUGCAAGAAGAAGGUAAAAAUGCUAUCAAUGCACCAAUGUCCCCUGCUACAACUGAUCUUCAUCCAGAAGAUACAUUACUAGAGGAAAAUGAAGAACGUACCAUGAUAGAUCCCACUUCAAAGGAGGAUGCCAAGUUUAAAGAACUUAUCAAGGUGUUGAUCGACUGGAUAAACGAUGUCCUGGUUGAAGAAAGGAUAAUCGUCAAACAGCUUGAAGAAGAUGUUUAUGAUGGGCAGGUGCUACAGAAAUUGCUAGAAAAACUUGCCGGUCGUAAACUAAAUGUGGCUGAAGUGACGCAGUCUGAAAUCGGACAGAAACAGAAACUGCAGACUGUGUUGGAAGCUGUCUAUGAUUUACUUCGGCCUCAUGGCUGGACGAUCAAAUGGAGUGUGGACCUGAUCCAUGGCAAGAACUUGGUGUCCAUCCUCCACCUGCUGGUGGCUUUGGCCAUGCAUUUCCGGGCUACUAUUCGGCUCCCUGAACAUGUUUCUGUGCAAGUGGUUGUUGUAAAGAAGCGAGAAGGGUUACUCCAGACGGCCCAUGUGACCGAGGAGAUCACUACUACAACUGAAAUGAUGAUGGGAAGGUUUGUUUGCAGAUGGCGUUUACUUGGUGCUACUGAUGGGCCUCCUUGAAGAUUAUUUUGUUCCUCUCCACCACUUCUUCUUAACACCUGAAAGUUUGGAUCAGAAGGUGCACAAUGUCUCCCUUUCUUUUGAGCUGAUGCAAGAUGCGGGGCUCAAGAAACCCAAAGCGCGACCGGAAGAUGUUGUCAACCUGGAUCUCAAAUCUACCCUUCGGGUUUUAUACAACUUGUUCACGAAGUACAAGAAUGCAGAGUGACCUGAACGCAAGGGGUGUCCCAGGAAAUGGCCUUUGAUUUUCCUUCCUUUGUUUUGUUGCCUUUCCAAUCAGUUUCCUAGCUUGGUGGCCUUCCGUUGGGUUGGUAGGCAGUUCUCAUCACCUGAAGUGAGUGAGACCGGUUUAAGAAUGAAAGCUGUUGUUGUCCGAUACUCUGGAAGCUAACCAGGUUGGAAAUGGCUGGUUUCUGUUUGCUUUUUGUGUUGUAAACCCUCCGUUCUUUCAGCCCACAGCCUGUCUUUGGAAAUGAAAUUUUGCUCCCUGGAGAUAUCUACCGUAUUUUUCGGAGUAUAAGAUGCACCUGAGUAUAAGACGCAUCAAGAUUUUGAAGAGGCAAUUAAAAAAAAAGGUUUUGCACUCUGCAGGCCUCCCCAAAACGGCUCUUUUUUCGCAAGAAAGAGUCUGUUUUUUGUCAAAAAAGGGCAUGCAUAGCCUUUAGGAGGCUUGUAGAGUGCUCCUGGGGGCUGGGGAGGUAAAAAUGAGCAAAAAAUGGCUUCUUUUUCACUCAAUUAUUUUCCUCCCCAGCCCUCAGGAGCACUCUAGAAGCCUCCUAAAGGCUAUGCACGGCCAUUUUGGUGAAGGGGCGGA